AUGUGGGCCCUGUGCAGUUCGGCAGGGAAUCCACUCAAGGGAACCCUCCAGAUCAAACUUGCCUGGUCCCUGCCUGCUGUGUGCCCACAAGCCUCUGAAGUGUUGGAAGGGCUCCUGAUGCAUCAGUAUGGCACCCUCUCCUAUCCCCACUUUUUGCUGGUGCACCCCAUGGACUUUUGUGGGGGGAGAACUGUCCCUUAUGGAGGCAGAAAUAGCUCCACCAGUGGUCACCUGGAUCAGAGAUCCGAGGCAGCUAAGGGCAGCCUGGAAGAUGCCAGCGAACCAAAGAACGGCUGGAAUUGCCUCUUACACGUGGAGGUUACUGACAAAUCUAAUAAUGACAGCAGAAAUGCUGUCAGGCUGGAGCGAAGGAAGGCAGUGGCUAAGACACAAACUGAUGCCGCCCUGAAAACGCCACAGAACCAAUGUGGAUGCAUAACACCUCGCAAAGCGGGGCUAGGCUUGAACCCCAGCUGGAGGCCGGUUCCUCGCGGAGGUGAAGUUGCCGCGGGGCAGUUCCUCCUGUGCUGCACUGAGACUCCACAGAUAGACGGAAGGGAGCAGCUGUCACAAAGCCCUGGCAUCGCAUCAGUUCCUUUUCCGGUUGGAGCUUGGUCCACAAACCGCCACCCAAGAAAGGCGAUUCGAGGCGAGAUCCCCGGGAAGUUGGGAGCGGUCGGGUGCGGGCCUGAUUCUCCCAGGCCCCUGCGCUCCCUCAACCUCGGCACUGGGCUCGCCAGACCCUGUGUGUCUGGGAUACCGCCUCCCAGAGUGGGGCAGGAGUGCACAGCUUCUCUCCCCACAGCAGCGGGGAGAGGGGCUCUCGGGAGGAAACCUGACGUUAAUUUUCUCUUUGAAUUCUAUCAAAGAGGACACUUGAGAGAUGGGGGCCGCCCUUGUCCAUUGCUGCCUCCGGGACAGCUGCCUGGCGGGGAUGGGAGCUUUGCAGGACACAACCAUUUUUUUUUUCAGUGGGAGGUGGCAUCAUCAUUGCAGGGCGGCAGUCGGCCUGAGUGUCAGCGGGGUUGCCCAUCGCGAGGCCCCAUGCUCAGUGUUAUUGGAAGAGAUCCUCUUAUUGACCGUGUACCAAACCUGAUGGAGCCUCAGUGGUGA